ACAUUCAUCAGUUGUCCACCUUGAUAUUAUUAUUCAUAUGUUUUACUUCCGUAACCAAUGUAAACACAGGCAAUUUGUAAACAGGUCAUGUUAUGGUGAUGCAGUGUUAUAUAUGGAAAUGUCAUAAAGAUCAAUUUGAAAAAAAUAUAAGUGUAAAGGAAAAUGUCGGACUACAAGGACAUAAUUCGUAACCCUGAAACCCUGAACUGGUUUAAGGCGGCCAUGGGUAUGAACAUAACUCGUGACUGCCUGCUUGACAUCGUAAAGGAGUUAAGUCAAACGUGUUAUGAUAAUAUUCGUAGAGAGAUCAAGCAACAGCACGGUGUUCUAGAAAGAGAUGUCUGUAAUCAAUGUCACACCCCUAAUGUCUUACCGUGUGACCGUACGAACAAAACAUGUACAAUAAUACGCGGGAUAUGCGCAUUUCAUGAAAUUCACAAGCCUCGAAAUUGUCCAAAUAAUAAUUUAUGCAAUGAAAUGUGUAAACAAAUAGUAAAGCAACACCGGUUUCGCUCUCAACAAAAUCCACACAGCUUUAAAGGGCCUACAUGGAUAAACACGGAUGCCUCUAAAUGGUGUUCUGAACCAUGGCAUAUUUCUAAGUGCUUUAUCUCAAAAGAUGGGUACAAAGGCGCCAACCAAGCAGAAAGCACCGACUUCAACGGUAUAGUCAAUGUCUUAUACAACUGUGAAUACUUCCAAACGUACUUCAAUGACGACCUGACGCAACAGGAAAAUGUGUGCACAAAGGCUAGAGAUGUCGGGCGUGCUGUACGACAUACGUCCACAAUGGCCAUGACGAGACAGGACAGUGACAGAGCAAUCGACACACUAGUAUCGCUGUUGCAGAACCUAAAACACGUCGAUCACCAAGCUGCGUCAGGGACAGCAGUGGACACGUUAACACAGCUGAAGAAUGGGACACUAGCGAUCACAGACGAAGAUAUCGCUUCAACCUUUGAACACUUCAAAGAAACUUUGACGGGAGAUAUUAAAGAAGUUCUAGAAAAGGAAAAGGAUACACUAGUCAGGGCUAUGGGUGAUGCUUUAAAGACUAUAGGUGAAAAUAUCACUGAAGCAAUCAUCGAUGCUGGAGACGGCCAGCUUGCAAAGAUAAAUAGGAAAGGAGAUGAAGUGCUGAAUGAGUUGGACAAUGUAGUCUCAGCUGUAAAAUUAUUAAUUCCGAGUACAACGCCGGACCCCCACAAACUUAAGCAUCCAAGAGUUACAGGUGACGAGACUACACCAUCAACUGUUGAAAUGAACAGUACAUUAUCUAAAAUACAGGCGUGGUUAAUCGAACAGUACCAAGCAAUGUGUGUCGCGCCGGUUUCGAUGCUAGAUACGGACAUAGAUGUACCUUUAAAACGGAUUUACGUGACCCCGUCCAUUAAGGAGCUUAAAAGAGUCCAGAAAGACCGAAAUGAUGUAAAUCACACGGACCAGUCCUCACCGUUUUCAAAUGAUGUAAAAAGCUACAAUGGGCUUUUGCUGCGUGAUGGGAAGCCGGUUAAUACAAUUUAUAUUCAAGGAAAUCCGGGUUGUGGAAAAACGACGUUUUCAAACAAGCUCGUUCUUGAUUGGUGUAAAGCUCAAUCGACAAAGGUUACUUCCAAAAAAGAAGCAAGAAUCGCAACAUCUACCACGCAAUCAUCAAAGCAAACAGCAUUCGACGAUCUUGACACUUUGCGAGACUACACAUUUCUGUUCUUUGUGUCAUUACGUGAUUACAGUGGAUACAUGUGUAACGUCACUCAGAUGAUUGAGGAUGCUAUAAAAAGCAAAAAACUAACGUGGGAUGAUCGCGUCUGGGAACAUAAAUGUCUUGUUCUAACCGAUGCCGCAGACGAAUGGUUCCACACCGAAAUUCCCUUUCCUCCGCCAUCUGAUUCUACAUGCAUAUGUCGUAAAGACCGUACUAUGCCUAUGUAUCUGCAGCGAACUAACAUUACCAACAUUAUAACCGCACGACCAUGGAAACUUGCCGGCCUAAAAAUAAGCGAUACUUUAACGCGUACGUUUGAAAUUUCCGGCGUAUUGGACUACAAAACAUUGUCGAAAAAUGUAUUUCGUGUUUUAGCCGAGAAAGACGGUACAUCGAAAAAGGAUCUACAAGCUAAAUCAACUGACUUCUUUAACGAAAUAAACACACAGAAUUAUAAACAUCUUAUUUCAGUACCAGCCAUGUGUGUUCAGUUAGUUCAUCAGUUCUAUGUUGGACGUUUAACGACAGGUUCACUGUGUGCUUUAUACAUCAAUAUGCUAGAUAUGCACAUAGCGAGGGGACUGCAUAAACUUCAAAUCGAAGAAUUUAACACUGGAGAAAAGUCAUGUGGGGAUAUAUCAGAUAUAUUAAGAACAGAAACAGCCGAGUAUGUACAGGCUAAUUUGUCGCUGGUUUAUUCCGCAAGUGAGCUUGCAUUUAAAACUCUGACAGACACUAACAAACAAUCAUCGGUUGUCUUUCGAGAAAACAAAAUAACACAAUACAUAACGAAAACAGAACUUGAUUACUUACUUCAGACUGGGAUUAUCACGAGGAAAAAGUCUUUGGCAAUUUGCCCUGGAAAGAAUGUUUCAUAUAUGUUUGUGCACAAGACAAUCCAGGAAUUUCUUACGUCGUUGUAUAUUGCAUUGAAUCAGACAGAACUGGAGGCAAUUAUGCACACAAUACAGAUGGCGUAUUGUGAUAGUACUUCUAUUUUGGACAUAGAUCAGUUGUUCAUCUUUACAUGCGGAAUCUGUCCCCCAGCAGCUGAAAGAAUGUCAAAGCAUAUCUCGGAUGUCAUUACAUAUGACAUUGAAAGCCAACUGCACAAUAGCCCUGGUGAGGUUUGUUUUGAAUUAUGUAACCAAGCACAAAAUAUUGUAUUGGAUGGCAUUAUUGAAGGGACGGCAAACGAGCAUGCCUGCUUCCAUCUGAAUUUCAGUCAUGCCAGAAGAUACUCUUUGUGGCCCCUAUCACUGGUCAAAACCUUAAUAGAUAUGAACAUAUCAAACAUUGUAAGUAUUGACACAGAAUGUAUAUAUUCUCUUGAAGAAAAAUUAAAGGAAUUCCCUUUGCAGGAAAUUAUAUCGCAAUCGAGAGAAACGUUGUCGUAUAUGAGCCUCAAUGUUGAUGCUCACGUUGAUCUACAUGGUGUUAAACUCAAGUACUUGUCAUGUGGUAGAGAUAUCAAUAUAACCUCUAUAGAUUGCAACAAUAUGGUGGGAUGUUCGUUAGAUAACGGAACACCAUUAACAGAAAGGGUCCUCUUCAAGUCUAUGUCAACAACUGGUGAAAACAUCAUCUUCCUUGUAAUUUCGAAUUGUGCGAAUAUUGAACUUUUCUGUGAAGCUCUUCAAAACCUUCGACAUCUACAAAGACUUGAAUUAAUGAAUACACAACUUGAUGAUGCUCAGCUGCACGAUUACUUCCCUGUAUCAAUCAGGCUAGUAAGGUACUGUCGAACACGUGUUUCCGGUCGAGUCAUUAAGUCGAUGGUGGAAUGGUCAAAGUCACGGGACGUUUUCGUGACAUGUGAAUUAGUACAACAUGUAUUGUAUAAAAUUGAUCUGUCUGAGGAUUAUGAGUACAUUUUUGACUGGAUAAAGCAGCAAGACGGCAUCGAUUUUCAUGGCCCUUCUGGAUUAGCUAGAAGCCCUGGAUAUACUAGUAUUUCCUGGAGCAAGCGUUUAAACCUUGAAGUAAAUAAUUAAGAAGUUGUUGAAUAAAUGUGUUAUUAGUAUGAUUCAUUUUGUCCAAUUAGAUGUGUAAAAAUGCAUUGUUGAUCUAAGAUGAAAAUAUUCAUUGUUCGACAAUUUAAACAGUGUGUCGAUAUUACAGACAUGUUUAUGACAUACUCAAACAUGAUAUUCAUUGAACAAAAGACACAUACGCUGUUUGUUACCGGAGUGUUUGAGUAUUUUACCGAUUCAGUUGCUAAUUGAUAUGAAGAUAUCGGAGUCGGGCGAGAUAUGUUCGGAAUUUGGGCUGUCGUAUGCUAUUGAGACACCACAGACCUCGUUGACGACGAUCCACUAGCAAGAACAGAUAUACACCUAAAGCCAUUUGACACGUUCAACUGGCAGGAGUCUACAAAAGCUGUCUUUGUACAGACGUUCGAAUAAUUAUUUGACGUGUUUAUGCGCACCACUGGUAUGGAUAUUUUCAAUAGUUUGAAUGGUUUUGUGGCAUUACCGGUAUUUAAAACGCUGGUCAAUGUAUGAAGCGAUCUUAUCCAAGACCUAAAACAAACAAACGAAACACUACAAAUAAACAACCUGAAUGGUGGGACGAGGUCUGUACUAAAGCGAAAUAUGACAAAUAUAAUUUACACCGAUACCGCCGCAUCAAACUCUAAGCAUGAUUUGGACAUAUAUCUUACAAGUAAAAAAGUGUUCAAAAACCUCUGCCGUGCAAAAUGUUUGUCUCUUAAGAGGCAACGGAGAAAUUUGCUAAUUGAAAAUAGUAAAAACCCAAGGUGUUUUUGGAAAAGUACUUAACAUGCUAGUGGCAGAGAGAACUGUAAUACUAACGUUAUUGAUGCAGAUAAUUGGCGGGAAUAUUUUGAAACAUUGUUCUCUGACACUAGUGAUAACCAUGUCUACGAAAAUAUUUUCGUUUCUGUAAGAGACACUAGAGACAAUGAUAUAUUAAACUGCGAAAUAACUGAUAAUGAAAUUCUGAC